AAAAACAGAAAUAAUAUUCUUGUUUUUUUGGUUAUAAUAGAAGAGGCAUAUGGCAUUACGUUGUACUGCAUAAGACAAUACUUUUCUUACAUUCCUGGUAAUACCUGUCCCUUCUCCACACAUUUACGAAUCAUAUCAGUUGCUAGGAAAAUGCUCGGAAUUCAUAAAUAAGUACUUGACGUCAGUUACAACCAUUGAUAGAUAAUAAAGUGAAGUAUCAAUACAAUUUGGUGUGUUGUUUAUCAUUCGAAAAAGGUUAUUAGAAGGAAAUAAAACAAGAGAAAAAUGCAGUUCGCAGGGAAAGUUGUGUUGAUAACUGGAGCCAGUUCAGGCAUAGGGAGUGCGACUGCUAAACAGUUUUCGAAAAAAGGCGCUUCGUUGGUGUUGGCCGGGAGAAAUGAGGAAAAUCUGAACAGGGUAGCAUCCGAGUGUGUGGCGGAAAACAGCAGCUCUCAACCGUUUGUUGUGACCGGCGAACUGACCAAUGAAAACGAUACGAAAAACAUAAUCGAGUCGGCCAUAAAACAAUUCGGCCGCCUCGAUGUCCUCGUCAACAGCGCUGGAAUUCUAGAAUCGGGAACCAUAGAGAACACGUCGUUGUUACAGUACGAUCGCGUGAUGAACGUGAACGUAAGAUCAAUUUAUCAUUUAACAAUGUUGGCGGUUCCGCAUCUAAUUAAAUCGAAAGGAAAUAUUGUCAAUGUCUCAAGUGUUAAUGGAAUAAGAGCAUUUCCCGGCGUUCUUGCUUAUUGUAUGUCGAAGGCGGCCGUGGAUCAGUUCACUAGAUGUACUGCUUUGGAAUUGGCGUCGAAACAGGUGCGAGUGAACUCUGUAAAUCCUGGAGUCACCGUCACAAAUCUUCACACGAGAGCCGGAAUGGGUCCGGAACAGUAUCAGGCAUUUUUGGAAAGGAGUAAAGAAACUCAUGCUCUGGGAAGGCCAGGAACACCUGAAGAAGUAGCCAGAACUAUCGUAUUCCUUGCUAGCGACGAUGCCAGCUUUAUUACUGGCGCGUCAGUGCCCGUAGAUGGCGGCAGACAUGCCAUGUGUCCACGGUAGACGCCAUAUUGCGGAUGAUGCGUUGAAAAACACGAUUUUCUCACUAUAUAAUGUUUUGUGAUCCACAAUAUUUUUGGAAAUAUAUUUGUUUCAUUUUCA